AUGAUGAAAUAUAAAUCAGUCAUGCUGAGCCACAUGUGGACGAUGCAACCAACGGUUUUCGGGCUCUUACAGAUGGCACAUAACAUGACAACAUCGUUCACCUAUCUCUGCGAAGAUUUAAUAUCUGACGAUGACCUGAUGAAGCGCCUGGCUGACGAGAAAUUCGAUGUUGGUAUCGCUGAAGCGUUCACCAUAUGUGGUCUAGGAAUAUUCGAGGUCUUAAAGAUCCCAUCAUCAAUUGCGACAUUUUCUGGCGUGCAUAUGGACAUCAUAUCGAAGAAUAUUGGAGAACCAAUAACUCCGAGCUAUGUUCCGGGAGCAAUGGCUACAGCAGGUGAUCGUAUGAACAUCAUCGAUAGAUUGAAAAACGUUGCUGAUGUGAUUCUUGGUCAGAAAUUUUUUGGCAAGACUUUCAUAGAGGAAACAAAAGUCUUGAGGAAAAAGUUUGGCCCGCAAUUCAGGGACUACGAGGCGAGUUCAAGAAUUAUGUUCUUUUAG